AUGGGCUCGAUGCUGCUUGAUGGAUUGGGUAGGUCCUGGCACUAUGAUGGAUCCGACUUUGUCGCGACGCUGAUGGUGCAGCAGGCGGAUGAGGGAGGCGACUUUGAUUUCGCGCCCUUUAUUCGCACGAGGUGCGGCGGCGGGGGAGGGGACGCGGAGAACUUUGCACGGGUCCGGGAGCUCUUCGAUGGCGCAUACGCUGGCCGCCGCACCACCCGCGCCGAGGCGGGAACCGUCCAGCUCUUCAAUGGGUGUCGCUCGCUCCACCGCGUCCGAACAGCCUUCGGGCCCACCGCGCGCAUCACCGCGGUCCUGUCCUACGACUCCAACCCGCCCUGCGCGCAGCAGCUACCCUCGCUCGAGGCUAAUGUGCGAAACUACGGCGAGCGCGUGCGCGACUCUGCCGUGUGGCUGCGCGCGCAGGAGGAGCGGCGCCGGCUGUGCGCGGGAGUGGAGUCGCCGCCGCCGUUUGAGACGGAGGGGUGA